UCUCUGGCAGGCGUGCUUUGCAAGGGUGAAGCUCAACUCUGCAGGAAAUUGGACCUCGAGAGCCAAAGUUGAGAACCCCUGCUAUAUUGUUUGAUAGUUUUCUGUUUACCUUUUGUAACGCAGCUUCAAGCAUUGAUAAUUGCUCUAAAUAAAGUAAAAAUUUAGAGGUAGUAGAUGUAGUAACAACUGGUAAACAGCGCGACGCAGCUGGCCACGUGACGUCAACAUGGCAGGGCGACCCGCUCUAUGCAAAACAAAACAGUUUUCCAAGUUUCCACACUGACGACUUUAGUCUACAACUCAUGUCCGCGCGCAUUAUUUUAAUUAUACUUCUCCAAAUGUCCAUUCUUUUUUUUUUUUCUACAAAUGAAUGCGUGCAUAUUUAGCAAUUUACCUUGAUAAAUAACCUCAAAUGACCUUGCGUUGUCAGUGGACUUCUAACCUGCUGUUUUUGUUACCAAGAGCUCACUUAUUCGUGGACCUGAGAUGACUGUGUUUAACACCCCAAACAAAGUUGUUGCCGAGUUACACAUUAGGAAGAGCACUCUCGCUGCGGUUUUUUUUCUUUUUGAAGCCAAGUCAAGUACUCUCACUGUGUAUGUCAAAGUGAAAGCGCUCCAUGGGCGGUGUGCCUGAGUGUUUUCAUUAGCACAUUUGAUCAGUGCGCGCACGGAGGACGAGAGCAAGAAGCCCGCAGUGUGCACUCGUGGAUUAAUGUACAUCUGGAGCAGUCAAUUCAAUUUGAAUUACUUCCAUGACACACUUUAAGGACUCUUACAUAAGGAGAACAUGUGAACUUCACGCAGCUGUCGUGGUUGGCCUACCAACAAUUUUGCUUUCGAUGAUUUUAAUGACCCUCUUCCUCGUCUUCAUCGUAGGAAUUUGGAAUAAGCCAGCCAAGCUCAAAUCAAAGAGAACUGGAAGAUGUGCUUGUAACCCUUGGUGCUUUGAGAGUCACAUGGAAUGCCUUUUGAACUCAGAGGUUUGGAAUUCUAUCUUAAUUCUGAGCUGUCUAAGUGCUCUAUUGCCCGUGGCUGAAGGAAAUGAAAUGCAGGCACUGAAAGACCUCCAGAACGCUCUUCAAGACAAAGAGACAAAGCUUUUAUUCCAACGUUCUAAUGUACGUUUGUAUACACCAAACACAGAGGAUAUCAAGAAUUGCACAUUUAAGUUUUUUGACUGUUUCCUGAUGGAGAUGAACGUUCUCUUGCAUGACGAAGACCCAACAAAUGAAAAUCAGUUGCUGAUAAAGACAACUUUAGAGGAAUAUAACAAAAAUAAGUGCUCCGAAAGAUAUCCUUGUGAACUACAAGAACUCACCAACUCCAGGGAGUUCUUUGACAGGAUGACAAACUUUCUUGAGAAACAACAAGUUCUUUGCAGACAACCAUCUACUAUAACAUGUGAUUAAAAUCAUACUUUAUUUCCCUUAAAGCAUGUACAAUAAGCUCAUUUAUCUAUUAUCAUUUUAAAUUAUACUAGACUUUUUUUGUUACUAUUAUUUAUAUCACAUCAGUCUGAAAGUGUCACUAUAUUAAAGCUAUAAGAAUGUUUUUUGAAUGAUUGUUUAACUGUGAAUGCCUUGUAAGUGUACAGAAUUUAAAGGUUUUUUUUUAAAUGUAAAAUAGGUUUUAUAUAUUGUUUUAUAUCCAAUGUAUUGUUACAUUAAAAUAAUUUUAUCAACAGAAA